GAGGGACUUGGAAUCAGGUGAGCACAGCACGUGUCUGGCUGUGUCCCAGCUGCUGUGUGACCCCAAAGCCCUCUUCACCCUCUCUGAGCUGCUGGACAUCACUGGUGGGGCAAAUCAGACCUCAGGGGGCCUCAGGAGUAUGGAGUAUGUGAAGAGGCUUGGUUUAUCUCUCAGCUGUGCCAUGCAGCUCUAGCGAAGAUCCUGUCAGAGCCUUGGUUUAGACACCUUCGCAGCAGGAGUACACUGCACCUCUGGGUGAAGGGCGCCACGCUACUGUGCACUGAUCCCUCUGGGAUCACACAGGAGUACACGGAGGCUGCCUGCUUCAGGAGUCUCUGGAGAAGACUGUCCACAGGCUUCUGCAGAGUGUGAGGGAGAGCCCAGUUUUCUCUCCAGCUGUUUUCAGAGGCCACCUCCCCAGACAAGGUUUGGGGCUCUGACCUACUGUGGGACGAGACAUGAAGAAUCGGUUUGUGGUACUGGGCCUGGUGGUCGUGGUUCUGGCACUGGUCAUCAUUGGCCUCUGCAUCUGGCUACCCUCCGCCUCUAGGAAGCCCGACCAUGUGUAUCCCAGGGCAGCUGUGGCCACGGAUGCUAAGCGUUGCUCAGAGAUUGGGAGGGACAUGCUUCAGGAGGGUGGCUCGGUGGUAGAUGCAGCUAUCGCAAGCCUGCUGUGUAUGGGUCUCAUGAAUGCUCACAGCAUGGGCAUCGGAGGCGGCCUGUACUUUACCAUCUACAACAGCACCACACGAAAAGCUGAGGUUAUCAAUGCCCGUGAGGUGGCACCCAAGCUGGCUCAUGCCAACAUGUUCAAUGACUCUAAGCAAUCUGAAGAAGGUGGCCUUUCUGUGGCAGUUCCUGGUGAGAUCCGUGGGUAUGAGCUAGCACACCAGCGGCAUGGGCGGCUUCCCUGGGCUCACCUCUUCCAGCCCAGCAUCCAGCUGGCCCUCCAUGGCUUCCCUGUGGGUAAGGGCUUGGCAAUGGCCCUGAACAGGAAACAGGACGUGAUUGAGCAGACACCUGCCUUGUGUGAGGUGUUCUGCCGGAACGGGAAGGUGCUUCGUGAAGGAGAGACAGUGACUAUGCCAAGGCUGGCUGAAACGUUGCAGACACUAGCCCAGGAGGGUGCCCAGGCUUUCUAUAGUGGAAGCCUUACAGCACAAAUUGUGAAGGACAUCCAGGAGGCUGGGGGCAUUAUAACAGCUGAGGACUUGAAAGAAUACCAUGCUGAGCUGAUUGAAUACCCACUAAACAUCAGCCUUGGGGAUUUGACGCUGUAUGUGCCCAGUGCCCCACUCAGCGGGCCUGUGUUGGCUCUCAUCUUGAACAUCCUCAAAGGAUACAACUUUUCUCUGGAGAGUGUGGCGACCCCUGAACAGAAGGCCCUGACGUACCACCGUAUUGUGGAGGCCUUUCGGUUUGCCUAUGCCAAGAGGACUUUGCUUGGUGACCCCAAGUUUGUUGAUUUGACUCAGGUGAUCCACAAUAUGAGUUCUGAGUUCUACGCUGCCCAACUUCAAGCCCGUAUCUCUGAUGACACCACUCACCCAACCUCCUACUACGAGCCUGAAUUCUACACUCCUGAUGAUGGGGGCACUGCUCACUUAUCUGUGGUUUCCGAGGACGGCAGCGCUGUGUCUGCAACCAGCACCAUCAACCUCUACUUUGGCUCCAAGAUCCUCUCUCGGGUCAGUGGCAUCCUGUUUAAUGAUGAGAUGGAUGACUUCAGCUCACCCAACUUCAUCAACCAGUUUGGGGUGUCCCCUUCACCAGCCAACUUCAUCAAGCCAGGGAAGCAACCACUGUCAUCCAUGUGUCCCUCAAUCAUUGUGGAUAAGGAUGGUCAUGUGCAGAUGGUAGUGGGAGCCUCCGGGGGCACGCAUAUCACCACAUCCACUGCACUGGCCAUCAUCCACAACCUGUGGUUUGGCUAUGAUGUCAAGAGAGCAGUGGAGGAGCCACGGCUGCACAACCAGCUUCUGCCCAACACCACAACAGUGGAGAAAGACAUUGAUCAGGCGGUGACUGCAGGCUUGAAGACGCGGCAUCACUACACAGAAGUCACAUCUACCUUCAUUGCUGUGGUUCAGGCAGUUGUCAGAACAACCAACGGUUGGGCAGCUGCCUCAGACUCUAGGAAAGGCGGGGAGCCAGCUGGCUACUGAGUACUCAAGAUGGACAAGACUUCAAUUCAGGCACAAGAUACUCACAAGGGCCAAGAGUGGGACUUUGGAGAAUAUGCUGUCCCUGAGUGGGACAGAGAAGAAUAAUAAAUGGGGGGCUCUGCCAGGCUCUGGGAAGCUGGCUGGUCUCCCCAUUUCCUGGG